AUGUUCCGUGCUCGUAGUGGUUUCAGACAAAAGUUGGUAUACAUUAUCCUAAUUUCCAUUUUGUACAGCUCCUGGCUGCUUGGAUUAUUUCCAUUUCAUAAGUAUGAACGGAAGCAGAGGAGAUUGCAUCGCUCGAAGUGGUUUAUCCUUUACGGAUUUUUACUGAACGGAUAGAGCCAGGAAAACGUGGUCUUCCAGAGAAAUUGUGUGCUGCUAUUGGGAAUACUCGGAGUGAUGACCAUAUAUACGAUGCAUUUGCGAACCUUCUGGAGGAGCAGGAAUCUGGAGGGUACUUUGUACUUUUGCUCUGCUGCCGUGGAGAGUCCCACAUUCGAUAGUUAUGUAAUCCAGAAGGGUUUCCUAGUAGUCGUAGGACUGUUUAUACCCGUUACACGUAGAAUCUCAGCAUUUUCCUAAUACUGCAGCCAUCGGGGACUGAAAUUCCUUCACUGUGGAUUAUUUCACAUAAAUCGGGAGAUGGGCUUUCAAGUGAUUGUCACAAGCGUUUUGUACUUGCUUUUCCUGGUGCAAUUUGACUUUAUGAACUUGUGAUUCCCCAGGCUUUCAAUUGGUCUGAAUUUCCCUUUAAAGCUGUCACUUAGUUUUCCAGACAGACAUGAGAUGCACU